UGCCACCGUGGGGCACACUGUUCACAACGUUGACAUCAGAAAACCGCUUGCCCACGUGACGCCAUACGUGCUGUCUGCCAUCUGCCCAGUUCAGUUGAAACCGGGAUAUGUCUGUGAAGUGCACACUUCUCCAGCGUGCCACUGGCCAUUGAAGGUGAGCAUUUGCAGCAGGAAGGUGAGUGCCGUCUGGUAGCCAUGACUGCGGUAGAUGGAACUGCAUUAACCCCCUGAAGUUGGACGCCAAACUGCAGUCAUGGCAAGAAUAUGGUGAUGACGAAGAGCAGUGGAGGUUUUCUUCAGUUGUGCAAACCCACAGUUUCAUCAGCUGUCUGGGUGGCUGGUCUUAGAUGAUCCUGCAGGUGAAGAAGCCGGGUGUGGAGGUCCUGGACUGGCGUGGUUACACGUGGUCUGUGUUUUGUGAAGCCGUUUAGUACACCCAGUAAAAUACUACUUGAAUACAAAUAUUUGUGGGGGGGGAGAGAGCUCCGACUGGGGAAAAAUCGCUUUGAAGCAGCAUACAACUCGGAAUUCCAAGAUGGAAACAAUGGCAUCUUUCUAGUUUUCCGACUUGAAGAUCACUGACGUCAUGUUUUUUUCCCGACGUCCCAGUUGUCUUGAAAGCACCAACUGCCUGAUUGUUGACUGAUGACAUUAGUGGUAACUGAUACACAAAUCAAUGUUGAUAUCUAUUAUAUUGACUGUCAUGUGACAUGUCUAACAAAGAGAUGGUCAGAUGAUGCUGUAUCUGUCCCUCCCUGUGACCAUGUUCUGGAUCUCCAACCAAGCAGAGUACUUUGAAGAAUAUAUUGUGAAGAGGAAGAGGGAGAUUUUCCCACCUGAUGAGAAGAUGAAAGAGCUGGAAUACUUCAAAGAGCGGAUGCGAGACCGGAAGGAGCGGCAGCUACUGAAACGGAUGGCCUUGAAUGAGGCUGAGAAGGAGUGAGGAGGACAGUUCAGAGAGGCAAUCAGAGUAGGACGAUGCCCAAUCAGAAGACUUGCUGUUCCACAGGAGCGGGAGCAGUCUCACUGUCAGGCCUGUGGACUGGAACAUGUGCCCUCUCACAAAAGGCACCUUAUUACCUAUUUAGUAUACUACUUUGACCAUGGCCCAUAGGGCUAUGGUAAAACGUAGUGCACUUUAUAGGAAAAAGGGUGCCAUUUGGGGUUGGAGGAUUUUGGAUGUCGUGGAGCAUGUAGGCUAUACUAUACACCCUUUGAGAGGGUGUUCUGGAGGGGGACCUUAAAGUUACCCCUUUGAACUGAAGUCUCACUGAAAAGCUUUUUAUGAAAUGCUUUAUUUCACUGCAGUCAAACCAUGACUUGACUGUUGAUGAUCUGCUCUGUGAUGGUUUUGAUGUAAACCUUGUGUGUGUGUGAAUGAAAUAUGAGGACAGAAUCAUAUGGCUUGGAAUGUUAUUUAUUUUUUAUGAUUUAGAAUACGUCUUUUGUAAAUGGUUGUUUCAACUCUGUCCUUAAUUAAAGUUUAAAUGUGUCUUUGUUGAACCUCU